AUGAUCAACUCCACACACUUCUCAUAUUUCACACUUGCUGCCUACUCUGACACCGGGCUCUUCAAAUACUUAUACUUCAUCAUUGUGAUGAUUUUAUACAUGUUGAUUAUCUGUGCCAACCUCCUGCUGAUUGUGGUUAUCUGUGUGAACAGAAGCUUACAUGAACCUAUGUACAUGUUUCUGUGCAGCCUGUUUGUAAAUGAACUGUAUGGUAGUACAGGGUUGUUUCCAUUGCUGCUGCUUCAGAUCCUCUCUGACAUUCACACUGUCUCUGCUUCAGCUUGUCUCCUGCAGAUUUUCUGUGUGUAUUCAUAUGCAAAUAUAGAGCUCUGUAACUUGGCCGUCAUGUCUUAUGACAGAUAUCUGGCUAUCUGUUAUCCUCUGCAGUAUAACACACGUAUGACAUUGAAAAAGGUCGCAGUGCUGAUUGCUGUAGUGUGGUUAUUUCCAGUUAGUAAAGUUGCGUCCAUGAUAUGUCAGACUGCUAUGUUACAGAUGUGUGGGAACAUUAUUCCCAAAAUGUAAUGUGACAAUUACUCCACUGUCAAACAGGCAUGUUCUGACACAAUAGUGGACAACAUCUCUGGCAUUAUUUACACGUUAGCCAUAGUACUAGGUGCUGUAGGUGUAAUCUAUUAUACGUAUGUGAAGAUCCUUAAAGUCUGUUUCUCUGGUUCUAAACAGACGAGACAGAAAGCCGUCAGCACUUGCACACCUCACCUCGCCUCUCUGCUCAACUUCACCUUCGGCUGCUUCUUUGAAAUAAUGCAGGGCAGGUUUAAUAUGAGCAGUGUGCCCAACACAGUACGAAUAUUUUUAUCCUUAUAUUUUCUGACAUGCCAGCCGCUCUUUAACCCUGUAAUAUACGGACUGAAACUGUCUAAAGUUAAUACCUUACGUAAACAGCUUGUCUUGGGUAGAAUGUAA